AAAUCAUAAUGAUUAAUUUCUUGAGCAGUCUUUUCCUGAACGACGUGACAGUCGCAGACGUACAAGAAUAUACACGUAUGGUACAAGUUCCAACACUCAACUACACACUCUCUCUCCUCUGUGCAAUAUUCUGACGAUUACUGGCUCUUCCGCUGACGCCCUCUCCCUCCCUUCCGCUCUCUCUUCUCUCGCUCCGCCACCGCCGCCACCGCAACAGUCACCUUACGGAAUGAGGUGACGCCAUUUUAUUUGUUCAUUUCUGUUCGAUUAGUUCGUCAAGUUUGAUUUUUCUUUGUGCUCUAAUUUUGGAAAAUGUUGUACUGAUUUUGUGAUUAUCUGUGAUUGUAUAGUGAAGGGAAAAUGUCUAGGGUUUAGUUGUUAUUCUCAUCUGGUUCCGAUUUUUCUGUAAAUGUUUCAUAGUUGGAACUUCGUCAUAUAAUUAUGGCAAUCAAACUUCGUAUGAUUUUUGGGAAGAAUCCAUAACUAUAAUUGUGUACUUCAGGUGAAUGAAGAUCCCAGAGGAUCCAAUAGGUAAUUAUGUACUUAGUACUUUAGGUGAAAUGAAGAUCUAAGUUAGCAUAGUAUGCUCAUUUUACUAUGUAGGCUAGUCUCUUUUCUUUUGGUGCUUUAUGUAGGCAUUCUGGUUAAUUAGGGUAUUAGUGAGUAUAUAAAUUGAAUAGCUAGCAUGAUAUUAGCUUCCGUAUAUUCCUUCAAAAAAAAAAAAGCUUAUGUUGCUUACAAUAGCAACAUGCUCCAAGAGAUUCCUCUUAAGUGGUUUUAGGUGAGGGGGUGUAUGAGGAGUUUGGAUGCACAGCCUUACAUGUGUGACCACAAGAAUGUUGUUUUAUUGACUGUUGCUUCGGUACUCUACACUUGUAUAGGGUUGCACAGAGGCGGGAAUGACAGUGUAAACGAGGAUGGGGAUUAGGAAUGGGAAAUUUCAAUGAUUUAAGACAAGGGUACCACAAUUUAGAUCCUACACCCAUCAUGCUCCCGAAAGCACAAACAGUUUAAAGUAAUGCGGAUCAUGAAGGUAUGAUAAAAGAAUUGCAGAGAUGAUUAAAAGAACAUUAGCUGGGAGCAUAAUGCAGAUCAUGCUCCGGGCUGUGUGAUUUAGCAAUUGGGUACAAAAAGGAAGUAGAAAACAAUCAGACAUUUUGUCAAAAGAACUUUUGGAAGAUUUAUCGACAUAUUUUCUCGUUCUUAUAAUGAUCUGCGAGUUAAUAAAGACAAUCAGACCUUUAAUAUAAUCCUUAUUUUCUUUAAUGCUUGUCAUUCUUUAAUUUGUGUGUUUACCUUGUAAGAUUCAUAAUGUUUAUUUUCCUCUUAUACUAAUACUGGAUUGAGACUGAUAUUUAGUAUAUUUCUCUAUGCUAUAUCUGUUUUUAUGAAUUGCUGUUCCUUGUAUCACUAAUGAUCAGAAAGCUUUUGGUUUCUGAAAGCCUCUGUAGACAAAAUAUUUCAAGACAUUUACCUCAAUAUGGGGCUGUCUUCAUGGCAAGCAACUUGACUCGAAAAGAAUGCUUUGAGAGAGAACUCUUUGGUCUUCCAUAUGAAUAUGCGGAUUUUGUGAUGGGAGUUAAGACUGGGAUGCUUUUGUUUCUCUUUGAUUUCCAAGAGAAAAAUCUUUAUGGGGUUUUCGAGGCGUCUACAGAUGGUGGGAUGAAUAUAGUCCCUGAUGCAUACAAGUCAACAUCAAACAGGAAGUUUCCAGCACAGGUCCGCUUCAGUACGUUUUGGCACUGUGAUCCUCUUCCAGAGCAUGUUUUUAGAGAUGCAAUAAAAGAAAACUACUUCAGGCAAUCCAAAUUCAGCCUCGGUUUGUCCAGAGAUCAAGUAGGAAGGCUCCUCUUUCUGUUUGAGAAAAGAAUGCUCAAGAUCCCUAGCUCUCCGGUUAAGGAAAGACAACUUCAGAGAAGCAGCCAGGUAGAAAAAUCUGUGGUUGUGACCCAUCCUAGCUCUCCUGUGAGGGAAAUACAUCAGAGAAACAGCGGAAUAGAAAAUUCUGUGGUUGUAGCCCGUCCUAAUUCUGUGGAAAAUUCAGAAUCAUUCGCAGAGUCAAUGCAAGAAUCAAUUCCAGAAAAUUUGGGUAACUUAGAUGCUUCUGAUCACGGAACUAAUGGUGACCUUGAAGACUACAUACCAUUACCUUCAGUAGAACCUGAGGAAAUUGAAGACCCUCCUCAUGGUUUCCUUUGGGAUGCUGAUUUGUCUGCCUUAUUGUCAUUUUCAAAAGUUGGUGGAACAGAUGAUGAAAAGCACAUUGAGAGUGAUACUGGAUAUCAUGUUCAGGGGUUGGAGUCAGACAAUUUAAAGCCGGCUAGCUGCUCUUCAGUACCUUAUAGAAGUAUAAUAGCACAAGUAGACCACAAGAAAAUUGAUGAUUCCGGUGACUUGCAGGUUCGGGGACUGUACUCAGACAAGAAGAAAACAAGUGCGUUUCUGCGAUUAUCGGGGUUAGGGAAAGUGUUAAAGGAAGAACGUCAUUGUCAAAAUAAGGGGAGCAAUCUGGAGGAAAUCCUGAAAGGAUUGGAUGAGAGAGGCAAAACAAUGUGGAAGUGUAAAAGAAUUGAGAAUGAUUCAAACCCAAGGACCAGUGUCUUUUCUCGGCUGAAAUUCAAUCCCGGAAAGGCAAUGGAAAGCCAACGAACCCUUGAUGUUGCAAAAGAAUUCAUACGUGAGACGUUGAAACGCAAGAGCAGUUCCAGCUUGAUGACUGAUGAAAAGGAUAAUGAAAACUUACCAGGAAAAUUCUGUGGGGGAAGAUUGAGGCGUUCCAGAAAAAGAUCAAGGACUUCUAGCCUAUCGUCCAAUGUGCCCGAUCAGUCCGAGGAAAGUUCUGUCUGCUCCAUAAGCCAUUAAUUAAGGACUAUGAUUACUGGAUUAGUGGAUAAUGAAUUAUAAGAAUAGCUUCACAUAGUGGAACCUUUGUAAGUAAAUGCUCAUCAAGCUAAUUUUUAGUAGUGAUGUUUUUGUAAAUGGUCAGCAAGCUAAUUUUUAGUAGUGAUGUUUUUCUUUCUGUCUCUGAACAUGGGUGCUGAGUUGCUGACU